AUUGCAGCAGAAAGCAACUAACAAUUAAAAUAAGACUGAAAUAGCAUUAAUUGCAGCGCCGGAUAAAAUCAGCUAUCCAGGCAAUGAGUUUUCCGGCCUUCUCCGUCGCCGGAUUAUCCACCUGAAAGCAGUGUUCUUCUCCGGCGACAUUUUCGACCUCCACCUCCCCUUCCCACCCGCUCUCCCUCACCUCCGCCGCGUACGCCACCGCCCUCCCGGCCAGCACGUCCUUCUCCGCCACGCACACCGCCAAUCUCCGGCAACCCAGCCCGGCCAGCCUCCGCGACCCGCCGCCCACCGGAUUUAUCAUCGGGCAGUCGAUCCCUCCCUCCGCCGCCGGAAAAACGAAUUUCCAAAGUCUGUAGCAGAAGCUCCGAUCGACGUUCUCCCGCGGCUCCGUUCCGAUGGGAUUCGAACCCCAGAAGAAAGGAUGACAGAGAAUUGCUCCCGCGAUUUUGACGGAUCCGGGUAGGGGCUCCGACCCGGCCCGAAUCAAUAAAUUGUGGGCGAUGUUCCCACCGGCGCUGUCGCCGCCGACGAAGAGACGGGUGAGAUCGCCGUGGCCGGCGAUCCAGGGGUGGUUGUUGCCGGCGGCGAUCCAGGUGAGGGCGGCCCAGGCGUCGUCGUAAGCCGCCGGGAGGGGGUGCUCCGGCGCGAGGCGGUACUCGACGGAGACGACGACGGCGGUGGCGGCGGCGGAGAGGGUGGUGGUGUAGCGGUGGUGGAGGAAGGAGAAGGCGGAUUCGACGCAGAAUCCGCCGCCGUGGAAGUAGAGGAGGAUGGGGAGUUUCUCCGGCGGCGGCGGAGAAGUGAGUUUGGGGAGGUGGAGGCGGACGGCGGGGGUUACGGCGGUGGCGGCGACGUCAGUGGUGGCGACGCCGGUGGCGGGGUCCUCCUGCGACGGCGGGACGUGACGGGAGCCCAUGAGGCGUUCGAUUGUUCCGUCGGUGUAGCGCCUGAUGACCGGAGAUAGAUCAGUGUCGAUUUCUUUGACGGCAGCGGCGGCGGCGGCCAUUUUCGGUGGAUCAGUGAGGUUUCUAGAAACAUUCGAAAUUCGAACAGCCGGAAACCUACCGUUCACCGCCGGAAAAUCCCAAAUCCUCAAGAAAUUGGUUUUUGAUUUGAUUGCAAUGGAUGGAAAAAUGGAAAAUGGAGAAUCCCGGUACAGCUCCAUCAAACUCUGGCCACCAAGCGACAACACACGUCAAAUGCUAGUCGAGCGAAUGACCAAAAAUCUGUCAACUCCAACAAUUUUCACCAGCAAGUACGGCACUCUCAGUAACGCCGAGGCGUCAAAACAUGCCAACCAAAUUGAGGAAUCCGCAUUUUCCGCUGCAACUAAUCAUUAUGAACAAGAACCUGAAAGCGACGGUUCUUCUGCUGUGCAAUUAUACGCUAAGGAAUGCAGUAAGCUAAUAUUGGAAGUUCUCAAGGGAGGCUCGAAAUUAGAGCAAACCGAGGGACUAAAAUCCGAGAUUAACUCUGCUGUUCGAGAAACAGUUUUUGAUAUUUCUAAAGGUCCGCGGGCUUUCAUAGAGGCAGAUGAAGCUAAAAAGCUUUUGAAUCUCCUGAAGGAGCCGGAUAAUUCGUUUACUAAAAUAUGCUUUAGCAAUCGAAGCUUUGGAUUAGGUGCAGCUGAGGUUGCCGGACCUAUUUUAUCGUCCAUUAAAAACCAGCUUAAGGAAGUGGAUCUGUCCGACUUUGUCGCAGGAAGACCAGAGGCGGAAGCUCUCGAUGUCAUGAAAUUUUUUUCCGAAGCUCUCGAAGGUUCGGAUUUGAAAUAUUUGAAUAUCUCCGACAAUGCCUUAGGCGAGAAAGGAGUUCGAGCAUUUGGGAAGCUAUUGCAGUCGCAAAAUAGCUUGGAGGAACUUUAUCUGAUGAACGACGGGAUAUCUACAGAAGCUGCGCAAGCUGUUUGUGAGUUGGUUCGUCGCACGGAGAAGCUUAAAGUCCUUCACUUCCACAACAAUAUGACGGGAGACGAAGGAGCCAUUGCGAUUUCCGAGAUUCUCAAACGUUGUCCGAAGUUGGAGGAUUUUCGCUGCUCGUCUACCCGGGUCGGAUCUGAAGGAGGCGUUGAAUUAAGCGAAGCGCUUCGACAGUGUAAGAAUCUGAAGAAACUCGAUCUCCGGGAUAACAUGUUCGGCGCGGAUGCUGGCGUAAAGCUGAGUGAGGCGCUCGUUAAAUUCGAAAAUCUCAAAGAAAUUUACCUGAGCUAUUUAAAUCUCGAAGACGAUGGAGCGAUAGCGAUAGCUAAUGCGCUCAAGAACUCGUCGCCAUCGCUUGAGGUUUUGGAGAUGGCCGGAAACGAUAUCACGGCCAAAGCUGCUCCUAGCCUCGCCGCUUGCAUUUCUAAUAAAAAAUUUCUUGUGCGAUUGAACUUGUCGGAAAAUGAUUUUAAAGAUGACGGCGCAAUUGAGAUAAGCAAAGCGUUGGUCGAAGAAUCUCUUAAGGAAGUCGACAUGAGUCAGAAUUCCGUAAGGAGGGCCGGGGCGAGGACACUAGCGCAGGCUGUGAUUCGGUUGACGGCCCUUUUGAAUUUAAACGGAAACUUCAUUUCCGAGGAAGGUAUUGAUGAGUUGAAGGAUUUCUUUAAAGGAUGUCCCGAGAAACUCGGCCCGUUGGAUGAUAAUGAUCCCGAUGGAGAAGAUUAUGACGAGUCGGGGGAUGAAGAAGGGGAUAGAGAUGAAGACAACGACGAGUUGGAAGCUAAAGUCAAGAACCUUGACAUCGAUCGAGAAGAGUAAUGUUAUUGAUCGAGCAAGAUUUUGGUUACGAAAUCGUUUUACUUUUGGGAAUGAUAUCGGAAUUCUGGCACUAGGUACGCUAAAACUGUCAUUUUUGGUACUUGAACUAACCUGAAGUGUGGUUAUUUGUGUGUUUGGAAUGAUUUUAAGUUCUUUUUUUUUUUUUUUGGUGUUUUUGGAUGUUUAUGUUUUUAAUGAAAUUUGGUGUUUGAUGGCAUGGUUUAACUGGAAAAUAGAUUUUGAAUGUAAUAUUGUU